AUGAACUUGAUCAACGAAGAUGCCGGCAACCUGACGCCAGUCAACCCCUUUGACUCGACGCCAGCAGCGACUUCAGAUGUUGAGCCAUCAGACGACGAUGAUGCAACGCCCCCAAUGUCUAUUGCAACACGAACCCCUGCGCUUGCUCCCACUGCUGUGGUAGCUUCUGUCCCCAAGCGAGCACCAAUGAGUGCUCUAGAGCACUUGAAUGCGCUCAAGUCGCGCACCGCCCCGACCAAGUCAAGCGAUCCAUCAAGGGACGAAGCAGCAGAGAUUAUCCGUCAGCUUGCCCCUGCGCCUACUGCUACAGCUACACCUGCCUCUCAGACCAAUGUAGCAAGAGAGCCUUCCCACACGCCCGCUGUUUUUCUAGACUUACCCGAAGGAGCAUAUAAUCCACGCAAGCGAGUCUCCAGAGCAGAUCAUGUCUUGCGACCGAUUAGCAAAGCAGAAUUCGAGCUCAUGACUGCCUUGUCACUGCGCAAUCCCCUCCGAACGAGCCAUGCCAUCGGCGUGGAAGAGCCUUCGUGGUACAAGCGCUACAAGCCAGCCGCCAAGAAUGGCAUGGACGCAACGGAGUCGCCUGUACUGACGAAACGUAAAGCCGUCGAACCUGCUGCUGCAGCCGAAUCCGACACGAACAAACGGAGGAAGGAGGUCGAGCCUGAGCCUGUCGCCAGCGCAGAUGCGCAAAUCGUCGCCCAUCAUUAUAAUGUGAGACCCAACGUCGGUGUACAUGCCAGGGACGAAUCGCCGAUCAUCGGUCUGAAGCGGUUCAAUAAUUGGAUCAAGUCUACACUCAUGGCUAUGUUCGCCCUGCCACACUCCGAGCAAAUCGCAGAAGCCAAGCAACCUGGCCGAUGGGGCCUCAAAGUGCUCGAGCUGGGCUGCGGAAAGGGUGGCGAUCUGCAUAAAUGGGACAAGUUACAUACGCAGCAGCUCGUAGGAAUAGAUGUCGCCUCCAUGUCGAUCGAGCAAGCUCAGUCACGUUACAGGGGGAUGAAGAGGUGUAAAGUCAAGGCGCAGUUCUACGCAGCCGACUGCUUCUCUAAUUCACUUUCGUCGAUUGUCGAGCCAGAGGUACUCGCCCAGCCGUUCGAUCUGGUCAGCAUGCAAUUCUCGAUGCACUACGCUUUCCAGUCUGCAUCGAAAGCACGCAUGAUGCUCGAAAACGUUUCACGCUACCUCAAGCCAGGCGGACACUUUAUCGGCACGGUACCCAACGCUGACAUUCUUCGAGAAAGGCUCGAGGCGAUUCCUGAAGAUGCAGAGGCGCUCGCCUUUGGCAACGAAUACUAUCGCAUAGAGUUCGAUUCACGCACCGGUCCGGCCUUUGGAUUCAGAUACACAUACUUUCUGCUCGAUGCUGUGGAGGACGUUCCCGAAUUCCUGGUCGAUUGGGAACAAUUCGAGCAGCUCGCGGCAGAGUAUUCUCUCAAGACGGUCUACAGAGCAGAGUUUCACGAGCUCUUCGAAUCCAAUCAGCAUGACAAGAGAGGUGCAGAAUCUCUGCAAAGAAUGCGCGUCGUCAAUGAUCAAGGUCAAAGCGACAUGACGCUUGAGCUAUGGGAAGCAGCCAACAUUUACUGGGCAUUUGCCAUGCAAAAGGAAGAGUCAACAUAG